ACUAAGGCAGGCAUCAUUCAUUCAUUACCAGCCUCUUCGUUCUCCACACUCCACACUCAAUCAAUGGGCGCUGCGACGAACAAUCCCAGUCAGCACCGUAGCGCUUCCAAUGGGGGGGAGGACGACGAAGAUUACACCCUACCACUUGCUAAUUUUCUCCUUAGCCAUUACAAGCAUCAGCUUCUCUCCAUCCUUCUCUCUCUAGACCACUUGCUUCACUUCCCCCUCCAAAUUGAGUUUGCGGAGCUAAUGGAGGCUGACCCGCUGCUGGCCAGCGUCCUCUUUUAUGGUCCUGCAAAGCUCUUGCCCCAAUUUGAUGAUGCCGCUCGUGUAGCACAGGGCAUAUUGUUGGAAAGUCAUAAGGAUGAUAGUGGAAUGGUUGCUAAAGAGUUUGUUCAUGUUCGCAUAAAUGUGAGUGGAUCGCCUCUUGAAUGCCCAGAGACCUUUCCAAGCAUUGGUAGAGUGAGAGUGAGACACAGGGGCAUCCUUCUCACUCUCAAAGGGACUGUCAUCAGGACGGGUACGAUCAAAAUGAUUGAAGGCGAGAGAGAAUUUGAGUGCAGAAAAUGCAAACACACGUUUAAGGUUUAUCCAGAGUUGGAAACGGGGAACAGCAUAAGACUCCCAACAUCUUGCCCUUCUCAGAAGCCAUGCUCAAAUACAGUUUUCCAAUACGUGGAAGACAGCAUAAUAUGUCAUGAUUAUCAGGAGAUGAAAAUCCAAGAAAGUGUGCAGGUUGUGGGUGUCGGAUCUAUUCCUCGCUCAAUUCCCGUCAUUCUGAAAGAUGAUCUUGUUGACCUUGUUAAAGCUGGGGAUGAUGUCAUUGUUACUGGGAUUUUGUCGGCAAAAUGGUCUCCUGAUUUGAAAGAUGUUCGCUGUGAUCUUGAUCCCAUUAUGAUUGCCAAUCAUGUGAGGAGAACCAAUGAACUAAAAUUAGAUAUUGAUAUCCCUGAGGAUGUCGUCAAGAAAUUUGAGCAGUUUUGGACAUACUACAAGGAAAAUCCCUUAAGAGGCAGAAAUGUCAUCUUGCAAGGUAUAUGCCCCCAGGUUUUUGGACUCUUUACUGUAAAACUCGCAGUUGCAUUGACACUAAUUGGAGGUGUACAACAUAUUGAUGCCUCUGGUACCAAAAUUCGUGGCGAUUCUCACCUGCUUCUAGUUGGGGACCCAGGUACUGGAAAGUCCCAGUUCUUGAAGUUUGCAGCCAAAUUAAGUAAUAGAUCUGUUAUUACCACAGGCUUGGGGAGCACUAGUGCUGGCUUAACAGUUACUGCUGUCAAAGAUGCAGGGGAAUGGAUGCUAGAGGCUGGAGCCCUUGUUUUGGCUGAUGGUGGACUUUGUUGCAUUGAUGAAUUUGAUAGCAUGCGGGAGCAUGAUAGAGCAACUAUACAUGAGGCAAUGGAGCAACAAACCAUAAGUGUUGCGAAGGCUGGUCUGGUCACAACACUGAGUACAAGGACAACUGUGUUUGGAGUGACAAACCCCAAGGGUCAAUAUGAUCCUAAUCAAACUUUGUCUGUAAAUACUACACUUUCUGGGCCAUUAUUGAGCCGCUUUGACAUUGUUUUGGUGCUACUGGAUACAAAGAACCCUGAAUGGGAUGCAAUUGUUUCAUCUCACAUUCUAUCUGAGCAUGAGGACUCGGAGAAGCCAAAGUUUGACGAGGACUUGACCAGUCUGUGGUCACUGCUUAUGCUUAGAAGGUACAUUUACUAUGUUAAAGGCUCUUUCAAGCCUAUCCUAACAAGGGAUGCAGAAGAAGUUAUUUCAAGUUAUUAUCAACUUCAACGGAGAUCUGCAACACAAAAUGCAGCAAGAACUACAAUACGCAUGCUUGAAAGUUUGAUAAGAUUAGCACAAGCACAUGCAAGGCUAAUGUUCAGAAAGGAGGUCGCUCGACUAGAUGCAAUAUCUGCCAUCAUAUGCAUUGAGUCAUCCAUGACAACAUCUGCCAUUAUAGACAAUGUUGGAAACGCUUUACAUUCCAGUUUUACUGAAAAUCCUGAUCAGGAAUAUGCCAAGCAAGAAAAGCUGAUACUUGAAAAGUUGAACUUUCCUUGUGAGCCUCCUGCUGUUCCAGAUAACAUUUCAAACUAUUCCAGGUCCUCAAAUGUAAAAAUAGUUGGUGGAGAACCAUUAAGUUACCCACAUAUUUGGGAAGCUAUGAGGAGUUCGAGAGCAAGGCACUUGGAGAAGAAAUGAGGUUUGGAACAUGUACAUCACUCGAGAGAUGAUUGAGUGGCUUCAAAUGUAUGGAUUAACAUUUUGAAGUGGGGGAUGCAGAGCCUCAUCUUUAUUUGAGUGAAGAAUUUUCAUGUAGAUUAAAUAAUGUGUAUCCUUAAGUUUGUUUAUAGUGCUUCAGUUAUAUGAAUUUUGGUAGACAGUAUUUCCUGUGAAUGUUGAUCUCUCAUUAAAUGUGAUUUGUACUUUGAUGUCAUGGAUGGAUUUCAAAGUGAAACAUGAUCACUAAAUUUGUUGCUUCGACCAAGUGUUCUUAUCAUGUUUAUA